CUGCAACUCGGGAAGAUAUCUUCAUCAUCCUUCCAUAUCAGGCUUUCCUAAGUCCACUCAUCGGCGCCACACUACGCUGCUGUCCAACAACGUAUCUAGGGGUACCACAGCGCUAAAGUAUCGAAUACGCUUCUGCUAUUGGGCUGCUGGCUCGGUUAACAAAGAUAGUGCUCGUCUAUCAAUCUCGACAACUGACAUUAUCGUCGGUCAGAUUCAGUACAGAAGACUAGAAUCCGUGCCUAGACUUGCUUUUAAGAACUAUGGCUCAGAAUUCAGCACAACGGACGCGCGACCAACUUUUACGGGCUGGAUGGACAACAGAACAGAUAGAUGAGGAAAGGAGCCAUUAUCCAAGAUCCUCGGGCCAAAAUCAUCCUGUGCCAUCUGUUGCAUCAGGAAGUUAUUGUUCAUAUAGCACAUCAGUGCAGUCUCAGUCUGUUGGGUCGCAAAGCAAUCAUCCAUCAGUAAGAAAUACGGAAGAACCCAGAGAAUAUAUUUCCUACUCCGCAAAUAUUGUCCAACCUCAACCGGUUUAUGCCGCAGGGAACACGAAUUUGCCAGAUUAUUCUUCGGGUGUACAUACCGUGCAUUCUAGCGAUCUUCGUGCAGCAUCAAUCGUAGAUCCCCGUGAAGUUCAAGCUCAGGGUUACGGAAACGCUGCUAUUGUUUAUGCUGCAGCUCAAUCUGCAACUCGUCACUUUGUAGACGAUCAGGCUCAUGGGCAACACCAAGGCUAUUACCCACUUGAGCGUCAGGGUUCUAUCCGCCCGGGAACCGUAGGGACACCGGUAGGAAUAGAGCAGCUAAAGACUGAAAUACCAGGAGCAAAGGCAAUUCCAUAUAGGGGUACAAGGGAUGAUCCUGGAGAACGACCUUACGGAAUCUGGCCUGAUUCACCAUGGGACUCGGGUUAUUCCCCCACCUUCACGGGGAAGAAUUGCAAUGAAGGUUGUGUGGCUAAUUUAUGGGAAGGUGUCUGGAGGGAUGAAACGGAAGAACAAGUCUGUCUCCUAUUUGAUCAUGUGGAUUUCUAUCGACUAGCAUACAUCACUACGGUUCAUCGGGGAACGGUUGAGAGACCAGGAUUCACGGAGUUCAGCAAAGAAACACAAGAUUACAAGAUUAUCAACAGUCUGAAUGACAUAGUGAAAAUACUCAACAUCGCCGGGAGACCACCAGGGUUCGAAAGAAUAAGCCAAAGACGGCCAGGUAACGGCUUUACUUGUCAGCAAGUGUCAGACUUGCUUUCUAUUCUCGCCAACAAAGAGAAUCCCAAUCGUGGAAAUGCAUUUGGCCAGGUACUGGCAUGGGCAAAUUCCGGUGAUCUUUCUCCAAAGAGAGUCCUUCGCAAUGUACCAGAAAGCAUUGUGAAAUAUUAUGGAUUCCAAAACCAUGAGGCUUUGGCCGAUAAGCGAUUCCGCUGGGAAUGGCUCAUCAAGAGUUUUUUAUAUAAAGAAGAUCCUAACCCAGAUCACGCACACUGGUACAUCGAGGGGCCAUCAAAGGGCAAAAAGGUCAGGAAGCCUUCAGAAUCGGACAGUAGGACGAAACGUUCUACAUCUUCCAAUACGGUCUCCUCGGACCACUCUCGUCGCCCCAUUGCUUUCCCAAGUCAAGAUUCUCAUAAGCCACGAAACAAAAGGCAUCAAGCUGAGGAACACUAAUCCUGACGGUGGAAAUCGAGUGUACAGGAGGAAGCGACAGGUGUUAGAUAUUAGACGCGCUGGACGCCUUAAUUGGAUAUUGUUAGAUAUCGAGAGGUUUGAUGCGCUAGCCGCACGGCCGAGGAUGCCUUUUAGGUAAAGUAGGGUAGUCAUAGAUGCUGGUCGCACUGCCUAAAGACAUAGGUAGACUACCUAGAAACAGAUAGAUAAUACUUAACCAUGUUGCCUUUACACAUCCAUUCCCUUAAAUUUUGCUUUUGAAUCCAUUUGAUUCUAUGAAGUAUUAAAAGCAUUUGCCUCCGGACUGAGAUCCGA